AUGUCAUUGGGAGUGUCAAUUCACCGGAGUGCGACUGGGCCUUUCGGCGCUCCCUCAUCAGGCACCAUUGAGGGUAGGUGGCUGUAUGACGGAGCAUCAUGGUUGACGUCGAAGGUGACUGGCUGCAGAGCUGUGGCUUCAGAUUGUUUGUGCAUAGCUCGCGAACUGGGCAGCAUUGAUGUUACCGGUGCAAGGAUUUGUGGUGAGGUAUUGCCUGCGUGUAAUCCAGAUGGCCAUUUGGGCAUUGAGCAACGAGGGCCUCCUCAAAGGUGGAAGUUGGCAAGAAGUCGGAAUGGCAAGGUUGUUCCUCUUGAAGUGAGAAACAAUCGGCUGAAUACCUUAAGCGACAUGAUUGGCACAUGUGGAGUGUGA